GCGCCGCUGUGUCGUCAUUGUCGUGCGACGCGCCGCUGCAUUACGCUCUUCAACAUCCACGAUGGCGGAACCUGAGAAGAAGGUGAUCCAGCUGGUCCCGGAGCAUCUGCUGAAGAAGAGAAAGGCGUACCAGGCUAUCAAGGCCACGCAGGCUAAGCUCGCCCUGCUAGACAAGAGAAAGGUCUCCAAGGGGAAGCCGCUCCGCUUCAAGAGGCUGGAGGACAUUCUGAGGGAAGGGCACCGGGCCAGCCGGGACGAGACGCGCAUCGGGCGCUUCAAGCAGCGCCCUCCCACCGCCCUGCCCCCCAAGAACAAGCUGGCCUUCGCCGUGCGCAUCAAAGAGAUCAAAGGCGUCAGCCCCAAGGUCCGCCACGUCAUCCAGAUGUUCCGGCUCAGGAAGCUCUUCAGCGGAGUCUUCAUCAAAAUCAACAAGAGCUCUCUGGCCAUGUUGAAGGUGGUGGAGCCCUACGUCGCCUGGGGGUUCCCCAACCUGAAGUCGGUCCGAGAGCUGAUCCUGAAGAGAGGACAGACCAAGAUCAAGAAGCGCAGGGUGGCUCUGACGGACAACAACCUGAUCGAGCAGCACCUGGGCGAGCACGGCAUCAUCUGCCUGGAGGACCUGAUCCACGAGAUCUACUCCGUUGGGAAGAACUUCCGGAAGGUCAACAAUUUCCUGCGGCCCUUCAGCCUCUCUGUGGCGCGCCACGCCGCCCGGGACAAGGGCGGGGUCAUGAAGGACCUGGGGGCGAUCGGGUUCAGGGGCGCCGAGGUCAACAAGAUCGUCCGCCAGCUCAACUGAGGGGCCCGCGGGCGUAGGGACCCCCAGACUGUUUCUGUACAUACUGUGUGUUCUGCUGAGGGGGAUGAGGGGUCUUCUCGCUCUCUGGCUCAGGGGCGCCCCGGCAGCAGUGGUACCGCAGCGCUGGACGGGGGCGUGGCGGGGCGGUGGAUUUAAACAGUUUGAGUCUGGCGCCUCCAGCAGGGUGCAGACCGACCGGGAGCAUCCUGCCCCAUGCAGGGUGACCACCUGGGGGCGUGAGAGCACCACGGUGUGGCGCUCCGGUCUGAGCGCAGCGGGUUCCUCCUCGUGUUCAGUGAUGAGCGGGAGGAGGUUCCUGCUCAUUCUUUAGACGUGGACAGAGCCCCAUAAUGUACAGUGAUCUCUUUAUAUUUCAAUAAACUUGUUCAGAAUAUCAAGUGGUGAAGUC